AUGGGACAGACAGCAGUGGGUGUGUCUCCAAGGGAGGGCCGUGGUGGACCUGGAUUGGCUUCAAAUGUGGCCCUGCAAUUCUUGGGAAUUCUGCUUUUCCAUUGGCUCCCAUUGCCUGCCAUUGUUGCAUCAGUCAUGGGUGGCGCUUUGGGGGAUGUUCAAACUGCUGGCAUGUCCUCGAGGCAAAAUGGUCUGCUAGGUCAGUCUGGCUUGGGCAAUGACGCUUUAACCCAUUACAUGGCUAAAAUGUCUCGGAACCAAUUACAUGAGAUAAUGUCAGAGAUUAAGGUGAUGGCUAUACAGAACAUGGAACUAGCCCGCUAACUGCUGCUAGCAAGUCUGCAGUUGCCAAAAGCUCUUUUCCGGGCACAGAUAAUGCUAGGAGUGGUGACACCACAAGUGUUACAGAUGCCAAAUAUUUGGCAAUCUCCUGGUUCACAACCAGAGUCUCAAUUGCAAGAUGGAAAGCAGGGUCAGCAGUCAGCUUUAUGUCUUAUUCCUGGACAAAUACCUCUAUUGCAGAAUGAUAUGCAUAUUGGGUUGAUGUCCAGAUUACAACAAGGUCAAGUGCCUGCUCUUCCUCACAGUGCUUCAGUUAACAGCCAGCCUUCACUUCUGCUUCAGCAAGGUCCUAUUCAACCUCGAUUUCAGCAUCCAUACCAAGCACAGAGUCAAGUUCUAGUACAGUCAUCAGUGCCAGGGCAGUCUGGAGUUUCAGCAGUUUCAUCCAUACAAACACAAUCUUACUCUGAUUUUUCUGUUCCACCACAAACUCCAGCAUUAGCAACUUCUACUGCUUUGAAGCAGCAAGUUCAAUCUGCUCUGCUACCGCCCCCUAGACCGGUUGGUGCUGUGAACUCAGGGCAUAAUGCUCAGUUGCUUCACCCAAAUGCGGGUCUUCAACAUCCUUCACUUUUGCUUCGUCUCUGUUACCCCAGCCAAGCUUUCAGGUACCAACUUUACUGACACACCCUGCCUCCUUGUAUCUUGUUCUGUUAUGGUGAACCUGUCUCUGUCUUUUUGGGUUAAUAAAGAAUUAGUUAGAAGAAGAAUCAGAAGGGAACUGCAGUCAAAUUACAUUAUUGUUGUUGUCAUUUGGAUUGGUAGGAUGUUAAAUAUUGCGUAAGCCCUGCCUGUUUCUACGGAGGUCGUCCAUACUGAGUGCUGAUUCAGUUCACGUUCUUUUCUAAUUUAUGUAUGAGCAACUCUUAAGUGUAGUAGGGACUUAAACAAGUUCACCCUGUAGAAUUCUAUGGGUAAAGCUAAUUGACACCUUGGUUGGGAAAAAGAGUUUGACGAAGGAGAAAGGAAAAAUGGCAGAAGAUUAAGGGGAAAAUGAAGAAGAAGAGGAGCCAAAAG